AUGCCUAUUCACAUCAUGAAACAGAUGCUCCAAGAAAUAAGAUCCACCUUUACGGCCAGUCAUGGAAUUCUCUGGCAAGUUAUAAAUCAAAGGAAUCGCACCUGGAAACGGUCUGCUGAUGUUAUCCCCAGCAAAACUGCCAAGCAACAGCUAAGGCUCAUGACUGCCUCAAAGCAAAGAAGAUCAGACUGGAACAAUAUCGAGGACUUCUUCAGCUUCACCCGUGGUCGCUUUCUUCGUGAUGAAACUCGGGAAUUGUCCCAACGAUAUGUUAAAUUUAAUGUUGAGGAGCUCACACGGAUAGCUGCUGAAGCCACCGGUGCUCACCACUGCGAGAGUGUUCACAAGUUUGCGGAUGGCAUGCACAAUAAGGCCCUUCUUCUGACCAUGGACAACGGUACUGAAGUUGUGGGCAAGAUCCCAAAUCCAAAUGCUGGGCGGCCACAUUUCACCACUGCUUCUGAGGUGGCUACUAUGGACUUUAUGAGAAGUGUUCUUGGCACCCCUGUGCCAAAGGUGCUCUCUUGGAGCUCUAAGAUGGAGAAUCCUGUCGGUACGGAGUAUAUUAUUAUGGAAAAGCUUCCAGGUGUACAGCUCAACAAAAUAUGGAAUAAACUUGACAUUGAAGUCAGACUGAAGGUAGUGAAACAAAUUGCCAAGUACCAGGCAGACUGGACAACCACUUCCUUUUCUCAGUUCGGCAGUGUCUAUUAUAGACAGGAUCUCCCCUCCGGUGAAACCCUUGUUUACAGAAGCAAGGACGACAAACAGAUCAUUGAUGAUCGCUUUACUAUUGGCCCUUCUACAAGCAGACAGAAUACAGAUGAUGGUAGGAAUGGAAUCGAAUUUGACAGAGGUCCUUGGAAAACCGCGGAAGAAUAUGAGAUUGCUACCGGCAUGAGAGAAAUUGCAUGUAUUGAGCAAUUCUCGCAACUUCCAAGUUCUCCAAUUGCGCUCUAUGGUCCCGGAACAUACCGUCCCUCAAAGGCAAAAAAGCUAGAAGCCGCUCGAGGCUAUCUCAAAUUUGUCAAGUACCUGCUUCCUGAUGACGAGUCCAUUCAGACUUCUCAUAUUUGGCACAACGAUCUCCAUGUUGAGAAUAUUUUUGUUAACCCGAACGAUCCGUCAGAAAUCCUUGGAUUCAUAGAUUGGCAAUCCACUGAAUUAGCACCCUUGUAUGAUCAUACUAUUGAACCAUACAUUCUUGAUUAUGAUGGUCCACGUGUUGAAGGGCUUCUAGAACGUCCUAAGCUAGCAGAAAUUCAGAGGCAGUUUGAUUCUGAUCCUGCAUCACAGGAAAAGGCGGAGAGACUCUUUGUUAAAAUGUCUCUUGUGUCUCUCUAUAGACAUCUGAUUCACUUGACAAACCCACAACUGUUCCGAGUUCUCGAGUUUCAUCAGACAACCAGAUUCCAACUCCUUCUCUUAGCACGAAAUCUCUUGGUUGAUGGCGAAGCAACUUAUCUUGCCCUGCUCGCUGAGCAGCAAAAGAACUGGUCAGAGCUUCCUCGUGUACGUGCUGAAGGUAAUCCAGAAUGUCCACUUGAGUUCUCAGUGGAGGAAUUGGCCACCAUCAAAACCGACAGUGAGGGAGCUGUGCUUGGUAUUAGUCUGAUGCAGGAUGUUCAGAACAGAAUUGGUCGACAGUUCUUCCAGGCACAAGGACUUGUUGAUCACGGACAAUUCGAUGAGGCAAAGAAGGCACUGCGAAGAGUAAAGAAGGACUUAGUUCAAGAGUAUUCAAGCAAUGAGGCAGAAGCAAGAGAGUGGGAGAAUGCAUGGCCAUUUGAUGAUUGAACUUAAGGGUGACUGAUGAUGAAUGUUAAACAACUCUGUAUUCUUCUCUGACCUGGUGUGAAAUGGGUAAAAGACAGCAUGAAUGGUUAAAUAACUAAUUGAAUCUGAGAAAGGAUAGUGUUGUGUUCUGUUAACUAGCUAAGUGAGAGCAAUACAAUAUAUGUUGACUUUAAACU